AGUUGUUAAACACACCUUUAAACUUAUAGCGACGUGGACUGCAAAUAAAGCAACAACUAGAUAUAGGAAAUAGUUUUGUUAUAUUGACUGCUGUACACUGAAAGUGGCGAAAGAGGGGUAAUGAAAGCAACCUCUGCAAUGCGGGUUGUUUGGUUCUUUACUACAUUAUUGGUCUUAUUUUCCCUCCACGGUGCAUCGGUGACUGCCACACAAACCUGUGGGGGUCAAAUCACUGGCACUGGUUCCGGGAGAGUGAUGUCUCCAUACCACCCACAAAAAUAUCCUAAAAACGCAAGUUGUGUGUGGACUAUUGUCGUUGAUGUAGGUUCUGGCUUACGUCUCGAAGUUGAGCAUCUUAACAACAAAGAGCUUUCUAAUUCAGGAAGUACUGGCCAGUGUUACGACACGUUGGAUAUAUACCAAGUAAUACCAGCGGGUACAGAGCGUCGAAUCACACCCAGUCUAUGCGCUAGUUCUGUUGCUGAGCUCACAACCAAUGUAUUUGAAGUUCCUGCUAUCGGUGGUUCCACAGUAAUCAGAAUCCGCUUCAAGUCUGACUAUGCAAUACAACUAAGCGGAUUUUCUAUAUCCUACAAAGCAAUGUGCAAUGUCACCGUUCAAAACUCGACCGGGGUUCUCACAUCACCGGGAUAUCCGUCCUUGUAUCCUGAAAACAUAGUUUGCAUGACACGAAUAAUAACUCCACAAGAUACAACAGUGCAUUUCAGUUUCGAACAGUUCAUUUUAGAGGACAGUGCGGAUUGCACAAGCGACUCAUUGACAAUCAACACCAACCAAGGAAGUGGGAUUCGGUCGGUUGGGAAGAAAUACUGUGGUAACAAAAACCCAGGACAGAUAGUUGCCACUAGCAACGAUGUGACGAUCACUUUCAUAUCAGACGGGUCGUUUCCAAAACUUGGUUUUAUUGCAAAGUGGUCGACAGACUUUGAGACAUUAGCAACCACAGCACGGUCAACAACAUUUAUUUUACCAACCACACUAUCUAUGGUGGCUCGUGUUGUCUCGACCUUUGCUGCAUCAUCAGAAAACAUCGUUUCCGGGUCAGAUUCACAAAAUGCCUACGGUGGCAAUUGUAGUCGUACAGCUUCUGGAACCAAAUGCCAACGAUGGGACAGAAGCACGCCGCAUGUGCCGAAGUUCGCACCAUCGCCAAGCAAUCACAACUUCUGCAGAAAUCUCGAUGGUGACGCAACACCGUGGUGUUAUACAAUGAACGCUCAUCCUACAUGGGAGUACUGUGACGUGGAAACUUGUCAGGCAGCAUCAAUAGAAGAAUUCCAACAGCAUCAUGCGAGCACGGACAUGCAAAUUUCCACAACUGUACAAUCAAUAACUGCUCCUCCAGUUAUCCAACAUAAAACCACAUCACGAACUUUCAAACCUAGUAAUUUGGAAAGCAAGUACACAGGCACAUGUAGUCGCACGGCAACUGGUAUCACUUGUCAACGUUGGGACGUCAAUCAGCCGCAUUCCACGAGCUUUACACCAUCGCCCAGCAACCACAACUUCUGCAGGCCGCUGGAUGAUGAUGCGACUCCUUGGUGUUACACCACUGAUGCUAGCAUAAGAUGGGAAUAUUGUAAUGUGGAGAAUUGUGCUUCGGACACGCCCGUGACCACAGAAGCCACAACUAUGGAUGUAAGCACGACCACAGACGCCCUUGGAGCAUUGCUUCCAGUUACCAUAAACGCUGGUGAAGUUCAACCAAAAACCAAUAACGGAACCCAAGACAAGAGUUUCAACCGUAAAGAUGAGUUGAAUAAUAACCAAUGGUUCAUUUACGUUGUCGUCGUGUUCCUAUUAUUUGCAAUAAUCGCAACAGUCAUAGUAAUACUAAUACUUCGAAGAAGAAAGAAACGAAGCGAGCACCCUCCUGUGCCCGGUGAAGUUGCAUUCAGGCAACUCGAGGGAGACGAAAACGGAGACCCAGAGUGGAGACCACGUGAAAACACAUACGUCGAGAUUCCGUUCCUAAAUCAGGAUCUGCCGCUGUCAGUUGGAUUCACACCUACGCCGUCACUACCAGGAAGGCAAGCAUCAUCAACCAGCCUUGAUUCAGUGGCAGAAGCGAAGAUAAAAGCGACUGAAGAAGACAAGGUGGAUGAAAUGAAUGGUGGGUACAGCAUGGGCAAAGAUGUUACAGCAGUCGAUCAAGUUCAAACCGCAGAAAAUCCGUACACGCUAGCCAACGACGAACCUGAGUUCAUGCUCAAUCCACUGCCAGAAAACGGACUUGCAGACAAUCCGUAUCAACAAAUCGAUUAUGCGGCGAUGGAAUCACCAAAACUUCCAACCUCGACAACUGCGUCCAAAACGAAGUCGACAAAAAAACCAUGGAGCCGAAUCUUCAAGAAAGCCCAAUCCGAAAAAUCGCUGGGGGUCGCUAAGCCACAACUUUCGCAAAUCAAAAAUCGUCCGCCACAACCUGCCCCACGAAAUAAUAUACCUCACAAAGAACAGGAUCCGGCUGGAAUCAGAAAUCCCACUUUUCAAAAAUCUCCACAAAAAGACGAAUGUUCUCCCGAGUUAAAACCUGAAGAGAGUGUAAAGAACAACAACCCCACAGCUCCUGGAAAAUCGCGACAAUCUAUGACAUCUCUAACCUCGGAAGAUGUAUUCGAGGACAACACUACGUACAAUCAUUACCAAAGCCCAACCGACAUUCACGAAAAAUUUCCCUCACUUAGCAUAAGCGCAAGCUGUUGCAACGACACUGUAACUUGCGCCAAAGAAGGAGAUACCUCAUGCUACGAUUGCCCAACAAAAUGUGUCUUAGCAAAUGCUCCAGUCCCACACGAUUCGUUCAAGGUGUGUAUCUCCCCAGAUAUAAUUGACAAACAAGAAGAAACAGACUCAUGGUACGCGUCUCCCACUUCACCGCAGUUUGAGUUGCAGCAGACCAGUGCACUUUACGAUGUUCCGAAAGGCAGCUCAAGCAGCGAUGAGAAAAGCCGCGGAAACUCGAACGCCAGUACAACAACCGACGACAGCUACUGUUCCAUGGUAAGAACGAAACCGAUGAAACCGAAGACUAAAAAACAUCGUCCUGGUGCUGGUAACGACACCUCUGUUUACACAACAAUGCAGCCAGGGGCUCACUUCGAAAAUAAAAGUUACGGCAUGCAUAAAUAAUCGUGUGGUCAUAGAAGACGGACAUCAUAUGUGAAUUACCAGUUAUAUGGUAGGGUUGGGAAGAUGAGACAUAGUUUCGUGCUUUUUUCUGGUCUCCUUGGUAGUAAACAAAGAAUUAUAAAACCAUAUCCCUAGAACUUCCAUAGACUGUUGUUUAAAAUACAUUCAGAAUAUUUGGAUAUUAUGUGCUGAAGGUGUCCCGUCUUCUCCGACAGUACUUUACAACUUUUUUAUUUUAUCCGACCAAUAUAAAACCAUUCCGAGUUUUAAUCUUCCAUCUCGUUCUUUUGUAAAGUAUUUACUGCACUGUAUUUUAUCGCACUGUCUAAAGAUUUCUUUUGUAUUUAUUGAAACAUUGACUGUUGGACCACAGUUUUGUGAAUGAAAAUAUAUCAAACGCCCUUGCAGCAA